AUGGCGGUGACAGCAGCACCAGCCACCAGUAGGCGCCUGUGUUGCUCGAGAGCCGCGAUUUUAGGGGGUUCGCCGUCGUUGCUCGUGCCCCCCGCUCAGGGGCCGCGCACCCCCGACUCCUUGUUGGACGUCACCGCGAAAACCGUGGCCGAAACGAUCCCUUUUCAAAGGAUCGAAGAGCGCUAUGACAGGAUACCGGAGCCCGUGCAACGGAGGAUCAUCUUUUGGUCCUUCCCGAGGAACGAAAGGGACAUUUGUAUGUAUUCGUCGCUGUCUAGAGUGCCGCCGUCGCCUUCUAGUGCUGUGAACGGGGGUGGUAGUAGUAGUGGUGGUGGGCAACCGCCGCAUCAUGGGCCCGAAUCGCAGAAUUUGUCCUUUUGCAAGGGAUUAAAGUUGUUGGAGACCGGGUGUGUGGAUAACGUGCUACAAGUUGGUUUUCACUUAAGCGGCGUUGUCACGGGCCCGCGAAACUCCGCCACUGCGACGUUGCCAUGCGGCGCUCCAGAACCCCCUCAAAAAUUUAAAGUUUCCGUUAGUUUUGAUAGGUGCAAAAUAACCUCAGUGACAUGCAGUUGCGAAACGAAAGACAUUUUUUGGUGUCAGCACGUCGUCGCCUUGUCCCUGUAUCGAAUAAGAAAUGCAGAAAGUGUCCGAUUACGUGUUCCUAUUUCAGAAACCCUUCUUCAAAUGGACAGACAACAACUCCAGAAGUUUGUCCAGUACCUGAUCUCAGAGCAUCACACAGAGGUGCUGCCCACGGCCCAAAAAUUGGCCGACGAAAUCCUCCAACAACGAUCCGAAAUCAACCAAAUUCCCGGCGCUCCCGACCCUACGGCCGGCGCCUCUGCAGACGAUGAACACACUUGGCACCUCGACGAAGAGCAAGUCUGCGAGCAGGUCAAGAGUUACCUGUCCCAAGGGGCGUACUAUAAUGCGAAUAAGCAGCUGAAUUCCUUGUUUUCUAAGGUUAGAGAAAUGCUUCGAGCCCAAGACUCGAACGGAGCCCGAAUGCUGACCCUCAUAACCGAACAGUUCCUAUCGGAUCCCAGGCUGCAAAUGUGGCGCAACCAAGGUACGCCGAUGACCGACAAAUGCCGACAACUUUGGGAUCAACUCGGCUCUCUAUGGGUGUGCAUUGUCCUAAAUCCGAACUGCACCUUGCAGGAGAAGCACCACUGGAAGCAACUGUUGGAAAAAUGGUCUGUGAUUGAUGUUUGCCCGCCAGAAGACCCCGAUUAUAGGUUGCAGCAGCAAGGGUCCAGGGAUUCGUAUUCGAGUCGCGAUAGAGAUCGAGAUAGGUACGACGAAAGGUACAGAGACCGCGACAGGUACGCCGAUAGAGAACGAGAUCGACGAGAAAGGAGGGAUAGAGACAGAGAGAGAGAAAGAGACAGGAAUAGAGCUAUGUACGAUUCAUCUGACAGUUCGGAAGAUGACGACGAUGAUGAUUCAAAUUCUUAUACUCACAGAAACAGUAAGCGAUUACGUUUGAGCGGCAGCUCGAAAUCCCAAACGCCUGCUUUGCCCAGAUCGAUUUUCCAUCGAGCUUUGGACGCCGUCGGCAUGUCUUGGGACAAUAUGCACCUAAAGAACAUCCUAUCCAGCGACACUUACUGCUCGCACGUUCCCGACACCUCCAGUACCGGUAGCUUUAACUCCCAAGGUCAGCCUUUGUGGCACGAGUCAAUACCGCUGUGCGCCGCUCGCGUGGAUUCUUUACGAUCUCACGGCCACAUGGAAGCAGCUCUUCGUCUGGCCGUAUCCGUCGUGAGAACGAUGAAGCAACAGCAACUCAUAGCGCAGCGCAAGUGGCACGAAAGUCAACAAAAUUCGAGCGCUAGUACCAGCGUGAAACCACCGCCUAGCUGUAAAGUGACUGCGUGUACAUCCAGAUGUCAAGGCCAGUGUACGGUGACUUCUUGUUCGACAACUUCCAUCAAUGCUCCUACGAAUAUCGACGGAUGGGUGGGACAUCCUUUGGAUCCUAUCGGAUGUCUUUUCGAUACUCUAGCGGACGCUUCUGUGGUGCCUGAACAUGAAAGGCCUCGAACACCGACCAGUUAUUUAGAUUUAGUGGGAAUGGAAGACCAGCACAGCAAUCUGAGACCCAGAUAUCACCACGUCCCUGUGGUAGGAUCAAGGGAUCGUUCGGAAACAUAUCUUACUCUAGCUUUCGAGGUAGCUUUGAUCGGUUUGGGACAGCAGAGGAUAAUGCCCGUGGGACUAUAUGCACAGGAAAAAGCUUGCAAGCAAGAAGACCGCUUGAUAGUCAAACUUCAAGAAAUCGAAUUGGACAAUAGUCUAGUGGCCGUUCUUCGCCGACAAGCCAUCAUUCUUUUGGAAGGUGGCCCUUCGAGCGGUUUGGGUAUAGGAAUCCAUCCCGAAAGCAUUCCGAUGCAUACGUUUGCCAGAUUCCUUUUCUUAUCCUUGUUAAAUUACUACCCCGAUUUGGCCUACGAAGUUGGAUUAAGAGCUAUGCGGUUACCGCUGUUGGAAGAGCACGAAGAUUCCGAUGACCCUUUAGGCGGAAAUGCAGGCAGUUCUUUAAUGAUGAGUAGAUCGCCGAGAUGGUUCACUUUGGGACACAUCGAGACGCAACAGUGCGCUUUGAGUUCGACGAUGUUGAGCGCGGCUAAAGGUGAAGUGAUGCGAUUGAGAACAGUUCUAGAAUCGUCCCAGAGACAUAUCCACAGUUCUUCCCACUUAUUUAAGCUGGCCCAGGAUGCCUUUCGCUUCGCCACACCAGAAAACGGACCCAGACACCCCACGCUCCUGAGCGUAGCCUUCGAACUGGGACUACAGGUCAUGAGAAUGACGUUAUCGUCUCUGAAUUGGCGCAGGCGCGAAAUGGUGCGAUGGUUAGUGACGUGCGCGACGGAAGUGGGAGUAGACGCUUUGAUCUCCAUCAUGCAGAAUUGGUACCAAUUUUUCACGGCCACCGAAGCCACCGGUCCAGUAGCCACGACCAUCAUGUCGCACAGCACCAUCAUGAGGCUCAACUUGAACUUCGGACAGCAAGAGGAGCUGUCUAGCUGCGCGCGCACGCUUGCCUUACAAUGCGCGACGAAGGACCCUCCAAAUUGUGCCUUGAACGCCUUAACUUUGUGCGAAAACGAAGCCUUAGCCUUCGAAACGGCCUACCAAAUCGUCGUCGACGCCGCGUCGCACAUCAUGACCUCCUCGCAAUUGUUCACCAUCGCCAGGUACAUGGAGCACAGAGGCUACCCGACCAGAGCGUACAAAUUGGCCAUGCUGGCCAUGAAGAACGUCCAUCUGGCGUACAAUCAAGACACGCAUCCGGCCAUCAACGACAUCCAUUGGGCGUGCGCGUUGAGCCACUCGUUGGGCAAGACGGAGUUGUCCAAUAUGAUACCGUUGCUGGUGAAGAACGUGCAAUGCGCCACCGUGUUGUCGGAUAUUCUGAGGCGGUGCAGCAUGACGGCGCCCGGGAUCAGUUGCCCGCAUCCGACGCCGCUUGACGGGGGGAAGCACCCCCACCCGCAUCGGGGGCGAGGAUGCGCGGGUGGGGGUAUCAAGCCUCUGUCGUACGACAGGCCGCCGUUGAGGCAGCUGUUGGAGGCCGCGGUAGCUGCGUACAUCAAUACCACGCAUUCUAGGUUAACCCACAUUUCACCGCGUCACUACGGCGACUUCAUAGACUUCCUAACCAAAGCCCGAGACACGUUCGUCUUAGCCCACGACGGCCACGCGCAGUUCACGCAACUCAUAGAAAACAUGAAAGUCGCCUACAAGGGCAAGAAGAAACUCAUGUUUCUCGUCAAGGAGAGAUUCGGCUGA